CCGAGCGCGGGGGGGGGGGGCGGCUGAGGAGAACCGGCAGCGGGAAGCGGCGAGAGGAGCGGCCCGGGCUGCAGCGCGGCUGGAAAGGGGGUGAAAGCCACCCUCCCCCUCCCCACACCGGCACCACGGACGAGCCCCAGGGGAGCAGGAGGAGGAGGCGGCGCCCCCCGCCUCGGCGAGGGAAUCUUGUAGAUGGUGUCCUCAGGUGGAGGCGCGGUCCCGUUGUCGCUCUCCUUCCCAUGUAACUGAGUUCUCUUGAGAAGAAAUUAAGAUCCCAAAGCUUCUGUGAGUCCAAGAGGGAAUUUCAGCGGUGGUGAGAGAGGACAGGAGGAGGAUUGCGGUUCUUUGCUGGACACAGUGCCUUGGCUGAAGCGUUGUCCAUGCUGGAGUUGUUGUUUCACACCCUGAUGUAUUCCGGGAUGGCAACCAGGUGACGUCGGUUGAGGAUGACCUUGACUGAAAAACUACGCGAGAGGAUAUCGCGGGCAUUCUACAACCACGGGCUGUUGUGUGCUUCCUACCCCAUCCCCAUCAUCCUCUUCACGGGGCUCUGCAUCCUGGCCUGCUGUUACCCUCUGCUGAAGCUGCCGCUGCCGGGGACGGGACCUGUGGAGUACAGCACCUCCGUGAAGGACUACUCACCACCUUCUCCAGAUGGGGGUUUGCAGCACGGGGAUCUCAGCGAGCGUCCGGACUGGUACGUCGGUGCCCCCGUGGCCUACAUUCAGCAGAUCUUGGUGAAAGCCACCGUCUCCCCGUGGCAGAAGAACUUCCUCGCUGUCGAUGUCUUUCGGUCACCGCUGUCCCGCGUUUUCCAGCUGGUGGAGGAGAUCAGAAACCAUGCCCUGAGAGACAGUUCUGGUGUCAGAAGCUUGGAAGAAGUUUGCCUUCAGGUAACGGAUCUUCUCCCUGGUCUCAAGAAGCUACGGAAUCUCCUCCCCGAACACGGCUGUCUGUUGCUGUCUCCAGGGAACUUCUGGCAGAACGACCGAGAACGAUUCAACGCUGAUCCAGAUAUCAUCAAAACCAUCCACCAACAUGAACCAAAGACCUUACAAACAUCAGCUACUCUCAAAGAUCUGUUGUUUGGACUCCCUGGAAGGUACAGUGGAGUGAACCUCUAUAACCGGAAGCGGGUGGUGUCCUACACCGUCACCUUGGGGCUCCACCGCUACGAUGCCAGGUUCCUCAGCAGCCUCCGCGCUCGCCUCAAGCUCCUUCAUCCCAGCCCGAACUGCACGCUGCGAGAGGAGAACAUCAUCCACGUCCACUUCAAGGAGGAGAUCGGCAUCGCCGAGCUGAUACCCCUCGUCACCACCUACAUUAUUCUCUUCGCUUACAUCUACUUCUCCACACGGAAGAUCGACAUGGUGAAAUCCAAGUGGGGUUUGGCGCUGGCGGCGGUCGUGACGGUGCUCAGCUCUCUGCUCAUGUCUGUCGGGCUGUGCACGCUCUUCGGGUUGACGCCUACUCUUAAUGGAGGAGAAAUAUUUCCAUACUUGGUUGUAGUCAUCGGCCUGGAGAACGUGUUGGUUCUCACCAAGUCGGUUGUCUCCACUCCCGUCGACCUGGAAGUGAAGCUACGCAUUGCCCAAGGGUUGAGCAAUGAGAGUUGGUCCAUCAUGAAGAACAUGGCCACGGAGCUUGGGAUCAUCUUGAUUGGCUACUUCACCCUUGUCCCAGCCAUCCAGGAGUUCUGCCUCUUCGCCGUCGUUGGCCUCGUGUCCGACUUCUUCCUGCAGAUGUUUUUCUUCACCACCGUUCUGUCCAUCGACAUUCGCCGCAUGGAGCUCGCUGACCUGAACAAGCGCUUGCCGGCAGAAGCCUGCCUGCCGCCGGCCAAGCCCACCGGCCGCUCUCAACGCUACGAGCGGCAACCAGCUCUGCGACCGGCCACCCCUCACACCAUCACCCUGCAACCCUCGUCCUUCAGGAACCUUCGCCUUCCAAAGAGGUUGCGGGUGAUCUACUUCUUCGCCAGGACCCGCUUGGCCCAGAGACUCAUCAUGGCCGGGACGGUGAUCUGGAUUGGAAUCCUGGUUUACACGGAUCCUGCUGGUCUCCGAACCUACCUCACGUCACAAGUGACGGAACAAAGUCCUUUGGGUGAAGCUGGUCUACCUCCUCUCCCUGUCCCUGGAGGAGUCCUACCUGCUGGAGACCCUAAGAUUGACCUCUCCGUCUUCCCCUCGGACCCCGUGCAGCUGUCGGAGAACCAAACGCAGCAGCGAGAGCAGAAGUCAGGGAUGGAUCCGAGGAGCCAAGGGUGGCCCCGAGGACCAGAGGGCAAAGGGAACGGCCAGACGGAGCUGGGAACGGAAGCUGAGGUCACCUGGGGAGCAGAAGACGAGGAGAUCUGGAGGAAGCUCUCCUUCAGACAUUGGCCGUCCCUCUUCAGUUACUACAACAUCACGUUGGCCAAAAGAUACAUCAGCAUCCUUCCGGCCAUCCCUGUCACCUUCUACCUGAACCCACAAGAGGCCUUAGAAGUCCGUCACCCCCAGGAGGUCAACCGCUACCACCCCUUCCUUGCGUCGAGCGCUGCGAGGUUGGAUGCUGAAGUUCAACCUGACCAAACCUCCUCCAAACUGCAAAGCCACCGAGAUGUCACACUUUACAAGGUGGCAGCUCUUGGUCUGGCGUCGGGUAUCAUCCUGGUCCUCCUGCUCUUCUGCCUCUACAAAGUCUUCUGCCCGAAGAACUAUGGCCAGAACGGGUUGUCCCACAGCAGGAGGAAGAGGGGGGACCUACCCUGUGACGACUACGGCUACUCCCCACCGGAGACCGAGAUCGUCCCCUUGGUUCUCAGAGGACACCUCAUGGACAUCGAAUGUUUGGCCAGCGAUGGGAUGCUUCUCGUCAGCUGCUGCCUGGUGGGACAGAUCCGCGUGUGGGACGCUCAGACCGGGGACUGCCUCACCGUCAUUCCCAAACCGAGGUUGCGAAGAGACAGCAGCGGUAUCUUUGAUUACCAGGAAAGUUGGGACCACAGUCCGGAUACCAAGAACGGUCUGGAGGACUCUUUUGAGAGCAACCACCAACUGAAGAGGACCCUCAACCCUCCUCAACCUCCUCUUUUUUGCGACCAACCGGACCUCACUUCUCUCAUCGACACCAACUUCUCCGAACGAGUGAAGGUGCCCGAGUCGGAGACGCGUCUCCGCUCGGUGGCCAAUCGCCAGAAGGAGACGGGUUAUGACUUCAGCAGCUUGGUUGGGAAGGUCUACCAAGAACACGGCACCUCCAACUCCAUGACCUUCUCGGGCUUCUCGGCACCGCACGGUCAGGCCGCCUUCUGCGUAGGGAGCGGUAGUCCUCGCUCCCGGAGCUGUGGGACCGAGGAGGGGAUCUGCGGUAACCGUAGGAGAAGCCUCGGAGAUGAGACUUUUAUGGGAUUUGACAAAGCGUCAUCGCUUCCUUCCUGGGGAGGAGACUUGGAGAGCUCCGUCUGGAGCCUGGAGCUGCAAGGGAACCUCAUUGUGGCCGGCCGGAGUAACGGGAAGCUGGAGGUUUGGGAUGCGAUCGAGGGGACCCUCCGUAGCAGUAACGAUGAAGGUCAAUCGGGCAUCACAGCGCUCGUUUUCCUCAACAACAGGAUCGUCGCUGCCCGCUUGAACGGCUCCUUGGAUUUCUUCUCGUUGGAGACACACACGUCCUUGAACCCCCUGCAGUUCCGAGGAACCCCCGGGAGAAGCAGCGUCCCAUCGUCGCCGGUGGUCAGCAGCCUCGACAUCAUCGUCUGCCAACUCACCCACACGGUGUCCUGCGCCCACCAGAAGCCCAUCACGGCGCUGAAGGCCGCGGCCGGACGUUUGGUCACCGGUAGCCAGGACCAUACUUUGAGGGUGUUCCGGUUGGAGGACUCGUGCUGUUUGUUCACUCUGCAGGGACACUCGGGAGCAAUCACGGCCGUCUACAUGGACCAGACGAUGGUGUUGGCGAGCGGAGGUCAGGACGGCGCCAUCUGCCUUUGGGACGUGCUGACGGGGAGCAAAGUGAGCCACAUGUACGCCCACCGAGGGGACGUCACCUCCCUCACCUGCACCACCUCCUGCGUCAUCAGCAGCGGUUUGGACGACGUCAUCAGCAUCUGGGACCGCAGCUCCGGGGUGAAGCUCUACUCUAUCCAACAGGAGAUGGGCUGCGGCGCCAGCCUGGGCGUCAUCUCCGACAACCUCCUGGUGACGGGAGGUCAGGGUUGCGUCUCCUUCUGGGAUAUCGGCUACGGUGACCUCCUCCAAACCGUCUACCUUGGGAAGAGCAACGAGUCGCAGCCGGCGCGGCAGAUCCUGGUGCUGGAGAACGCCGCCAUCGUCUGUAACUUCGGGAGCGAGCUCAGCUUGGUCUACGUGCCCUCGGUGCUGGAGAAGUUGGACUGAGGAGGAGGAGAAGGAGGAGAAGGAGGAGGAAAGGGCAGGGGAUGGAGCGUGGGUGGAGAAAGGCGAGGAGGGAUGAGGCGCCCGACCUCCUUCUGGAUCCGCGGGCAGUGCGGGUGGAUGAAGGUCAGGCUUGGAGCAGCGGGGACAACAGUUCCAGCGCUGUAUCCUUAUCUCCAUCACCUUCUCUCCUCCUCAACCGGACUCUGAUGGUCCAUCAGCCCCGAGUCCUCCUCUUUGCUCCGGUUCCUGCGCGUCCAACGCGGCCUCUGGAGCUCCGUUCUGGAGCAGAGGGACACUCCAGGGUUGGAGGGAUGGGAAUAACGCGAAGGGUGAGGGCUCCCCAGAGCCGUUCCCGCUGGAGGAGAUGGGAUGGUGGAGUCGGGAAGCGGCGGCGGUGGUGGUGGUGGUGGUCAGCAGCGCUGAGCCGAGCUCUUGCCCAGUCCUGGAUGCCAUUCCAUCCCAGCGCUCGCUUCCAGGAGAACAUCCCCGAGCGCAAAGCUCAGGAAGGAGAGGAACACCACGAGGGGGGCUCGAAGCCAUCACCAGCGAGGGAGAAGCCGGGGCUGAUGAUGCCACCACCACCAGGGCUCCGGGCUCGGCUUCCGCGUGCCUUGGGCUGCGGGAAGAGCCCCCGCAGUACCCUCUGCUCUAUUUAUUUAUCUGCUGUAUAUAUUUAUUUAUUCCGGCAGGAGAAACCCCCGCGCGCUCCACCGAGCCUUUGGCUUUCUCCUUCACCUCCCCUUUUGCAGCAUCUUCCUCCUCCUCCUCUUCCCGGUUGGGAGUGGGGAAGAAGCUCUUUUUAUCCCAUAAGGAAGGAGGAUGUGGGGAGGGGAAAAAAAAAGGAAUAAAUCUCCUUUUGGGGGGAAGGGAGAGCCACUUUGGCCCAUGUAGGACAACCAGGAUGGAGCAGUGGGACCAAAAGCCCGGCCCGGGGCUGGCAGAAUUCCCACCUCUUCGCUCCCGCAGCUUUGCCGUCGCGUUACGGAGCCGGGAAAAAGCUCGGCACCCCCCGUCCCCAACUGCACUACGGCAGCCGCCGCGGUCCCAUCCCCGCUGGGGAAGUAGAGAAGGUUGAAGCCUUCUCCGCCGCUCUCUGCCCGCAAGUGAAGGCCGGUGAUGAUGCCCCGAGAUUGAAUCGCGGCCGCUGGAGCAGCAGGAAAGGAGGCGGUAGUGCUCCUCGGCCUCCGGGGGGAAGUCCUGGGUGCUCCUGGGGCUCCCUGGGAAGGUUUGGGCCCUCCUUGACCUCCCCGGGGAAGGUUUGGGC